GUCGUUUGCUGCAAAGAUCACGAGACCUUUUGGAAACCAUAUAAAAGAGCAGGGGUGUAAUUGAAGUUAAGUACAACUACUACUCUUCCCAUCGAUUCUAUCUUCUUCCUCUUAUACCUCUUACUUUAUAUUAGCACUAAAGCAGCACCUCUCUAAUACUGAUAAUGGAUACUGAAAACCCAAAAAGCGGAUUCAACGUCGCCUCCUUUGUCUUGGACCGCUAUGUCCGUCUAGCAUGGAUUGCUUUCUUCACCCUAUGGACACUUUGGGGUCUGGUCUACUUUUUGCGCCACAUCUUUGGAGAAGACCAGGAUAAGCCUGCUCCAGCCGAAGAAGAUGCAGAAGCAGCUGCCAAGAGGGCCAAAUGGAAACCAGAGGGCGGCUUUGGCUCUCGCCUGGCUAAUGCCUAUCGUGUGCUGUUCGAGAAUACACAAUUGCUCUUGCCCGUCUUGGUUUUAAACACUUUUGGUACUGGCUCGACACGCGCAGUCGCAAUCUUGGCCUGGAUCUACUUUGCGUUGACUGCGAUUGUUGCUUUCACUGAGGUUGGCUACGGACAUCGCUUCAUCCGCUUCGUGUACAGUGCCGUCUUUUAUGGUAUUACGCUUGCUAUCGGCGGUCUGGCCUUCUCUCAUGGCUGGUAAAAACCUAACAAGAAUAGGAAAAAAGUCUACUUACUUUACUCUAUAUACUGCUACCUUUUUCUUUCACUUUACUCUUACUGUAACUGCCAAACAAUCUUACUAUAUAAUUUUACUCUAAAUACCUUUCUUUUAUGCUCCCUUCAACAACUACCCUUGCUUUGUGUAAAGGCAUAGUAGCUUAAUAUGUUGAGCUAGUAGUAUAGUCGGAUUAC